AUACUGUGAAUAAGGACACUGAAACCAAAGAUCCAUAUCCCAUACCAAGAAAGAUUAUGGCUGAACCAGACUACAUAGAUGAUGACAAUCCUGAAUUAAUUAGACCUCAGAAAUUAAUUAAUCCUGUGAAGUCAUCCCGGAAUCAUCAAGAUCUCCAUAGAGAGCUGCUUAUGAAUCAGAAAAGGGGUCUUGCACCUCAAAACAAACCAGAGCUACAGAAGGUGAUGGAGAAAAGGAAACGGGAUCAAGUUAUUAAACAACAAAAAGAAGAGGAAGCACAAAAGAAGAAAUCAGACCUGGAAAUAGAGCUACUGAAACGGCAGCAGAAACUGGAGCAGCUGGAACUGGAGCAACAGAAAAUACAGGAAGAGCAGGAAAAUGCACCUGAAUUUGUCAAAGUCAAGGGCAACUUGAGGAGGACGGUCCAGGAAGCAACAGAAGCACCAGACUCCUAGAGCCAGCGCCUGCUAAGGCUUCCAGCUUUCCUGCAGAGAGAGGCUUUUGCAAGUUGUCUCAGAUUUGCCCCUUGAGAGGGAAAAUAACAGCAUCCAUCUGACACUUACUGAAGAUGAGAUUUUUAAUUCCUGGGACAUGUGGAUUAAAAAGACAGUACCGUAAACAGAUCGACUUGCCAAAUGCAGUCCUGAGAUCAAUGGAUAAGGAGUCUGUCUGUCAGAUCAGUGUCACGGACCAGUCUGACGUGCUUACUCAGAGAUUUUAACCAGGGAUACUAGAGAAACUCCUUCAGUGUUGCACUGCUUUAUCUCUUGUGAUCCUAGUUUAGUGGAGAUACACAUUAUAUUUUGCUUUAAAACAGAACAAAAAUCCUCCUGUGAUACCUUACGAAGCUUUGCCGUGCAGGUAGAUUUCCUCCAUCUAGACCUACAGCCUGUGUAUAUCCCACAAUAAUUUGUAUUUAGUUGGAAUUUAUAUCAAAUCUGGGAGGAUACGAGGUAUGUUGAUCACUUGCUGCCCAUCCCCACUGGGAUAGGCAGGUGUGGGAAAGAUGAGAAUGCUUAAAAUUCACCAGCAGUGAAAAGUUAGGCAGCCUUAAAGCCCAUUUCUCCCUGUUUGGCGUGUAGAAUUUAGGCUAUGAAAGAGCAGAAAUCUGAUGAUCCUCUCACCAGGGAGAAUCCAGAAGCUGAUUUGUCUCUAAACUUACACCGUUGUGUACAGGCCUGUGCAGUGUUCCCUGUGAAUUUACCUCUCAAUGCAAAAUGACCUGUCUUCUACUUCUUGUGUUUAGAAAUCCUGCUUACUUUGCUGUGGUGGCCUUUCUCCUCCAAGGACAUGCUGAUCUGAGUACAGUGUUGACACAUUACUUGGUAGUGUUUAAACUCAUUUGCUGGAACUGAAAUCAGGAAUCUGAUCUGCCAUCAGUUCCUGAUCUUUGCUUGCAGGAGCUUCUUGCAGUUCCUGCAACAGAGCAGUGUUUAAGCCAGUCCCUACAAAUCAUAGAAU